UCUUUGUAUUUAACCUAGUUAUUAAAUAACAACAUAAGCAUAUACUUUUUAAACAAAAGCCAAUUUUUUUUUCCUUUUUUUUUAUAAAGAUGUAGAAACCUUAUAACUUAAUAACUAUCUUUUUUUAGGUUUCUACUUUGAAAGUGCAUAUUUUUUUAUAAACAAUUAAAAAUGUGUAAGAUUGAAGGAUUUGAUGCGCAGUUUAAAACACAAAUAAAUGGGAAAUCCGUAGAAUUUGUUUGUAAGGAAUUUGAGAAUAAAUUGUUCAUUAUAGUGACUGAGUAUACCAAUAUAUGCAAUUUGUAUACUGUAAAAUACGAUGAAAAAAAUCCUUUAGCUAUGGGAGGCAUUUCGACAACACCUAUAUCAAUUAUACACAAUUUUGGAACAGAUUCAAUUGAAGUGCGUAGCGCUAUUGAGUUUUUAGUUAAUAAAACAAAAUUAUGCAGCUACGAUAAGGAAAUUUUAGUCAACAUUGGUUUAAAAACCAUAAAUGGACCAAUUUUGAAGGAAAUAGCUGUGGUUGUGGAUAAAUAUUUGCUUCAAUAAAAACUUUAACAUAA